UGCUAUAGCGCCGGGCCGUUUGAAAAACAGAAACCGCCGGGCAGUUCAGUUACCCUCGUUCCGUCUUGAGAGAGGAAACUGCGGUUUUCACACAGAAAACACGGUUUUUGUCGGCUUUUCUUUCGGUUUCGUCGUAUAUCAACAAGAAAACAAGAACUAUGAGCUCCAAGUGUCAUCACAGGAAGAAGCAUAAGUCGAGGAGUCGGUCGCAUUCCCUGGUUAGCGCUAAUAUGGAGGACGCGGACAGCAAAAGUCUUCAGGGGGGGCCGAAGUUCGACGUCAAAGUGUCAAAGGCCAUGGGAAGGUACAUGGUUUCAACAAAGGAAAUAGCGCCCGGUGAAAUAAUUCUAAGCGAAGAGCCCAUCGUGGUAGGGCCCUGUACCGGUUGCAAGGUCCAGUGCUUAGGAUGCUACAGGCCGCUGGAAUCCGAAACCUAUUUUGUGAAAUGUCCCCGGUGUGGUUGGCCACUCUGCUCUCAAACGUGCCCAGGCCUAGGCCAAAGACACGGACACACGAUAGAAGAAUGCCUGAUCCUCCAGAAAAGCAAAUCUUCCUCACUCCUUGACUACAGCAACCUGGAAAGCUUGAGACUCCACCUACAAGCAAUAGUUCCCCUUAGGUGUCUCAUUCUGAAAAGGACUGACCCCAGCACUUUCAAUAUCAUUUGGGAUAUGGAAAGUCACAACGACAUCCGCAGGAAUAUACCCGAGGUUUGGAAUAGCAACCAGGUGAACGUGGUCAACAGGAUCACGAAGGAUUGGGGACUGGUUGAGUUCAGUGAACAUGAAGUCCACACGGUUUGUGGAAUUUUAGAGGUAAACUGCUUCGAAAUCGGACAAGGCAUAAACAUAAGAGGACUCUACCCAACGGCAUUCCUUAUGUCCCACGACUGCGUCCCAAAUACCAACCACACCGAUGAAGAAACUAAUUACAAAUUAACAGUAAGGGCUUCCACGAGAAUCUCUCAAGGUCACCCUAUCACGUUGAGCUACGCUUACACGUUACAGAAUUCCUUAAAAAGACGUGAACAUCUUCUAGAGAAUAAAUUCUUCGAGUGUCACUGCAAGAGAUGCUCCGACCCCACCGAGCUUGGCACUUAUUCGGGGGCCUUGAUCUGCCCCAAAUGCAAGACUGGCCUCGUUCUCUGUGAUAAGCCGCUGGACGCCGAGUCCUCCUGGAGUUGCAACAACUUACAGGGCCAUUGCCCAGGUUACAGCAUAGCUGCUAGGUCCAUGAAGCUGCUGUUGCACAGGAUAUCUCAGGAAGUGGAACAGAUCGACUUAAACGAUGUCGAGGGUAUGGAAACAUUCUUAAAAAAAUACAGGAACGUACUCCACCCCACCCAUUACCUGUGUUUUGGUAUUAAAGUUUCCUUAAGCCAAGUUUAUGGGAAAAUCAAUGGUUACUUAAUCUAUGAGCUGUCAAAUGAACUGCUGGAAAGGAAGAGAGAUUUGUGCACUGAAAUCUUGAAGGUUCUGGACAUUAUCGAGCCUGGAUAUACUAGGAUAAGAGGUGUGACUCUCUACGAAAUACACGCCCCGCUGAUGAUCCUGUUGACGCGCGAUAUGGAGGACCAGUCGCCAGCCAAGAGUGAGCUAAGAACCAGACUGAGAGAGGUGCUGAAAUACCUCACGGAGGCCAGCGUCAUCCUGAGCUACGAACCUGAAAAUUCCCCGGAAGGCAUCAUGGGGAGAGCCGCCAAGGAAGCUUUGGUGCAAAUGAGAGACUGGGAAAGCAUUGUUGGGAAGUUAUAGAAUGACAUUCUUUAUUCUUAUUCCAGGUGUUCUAGAUACAGUUCUGUAUAGCUUUAUUUUAUAAAUCCGUUUGUAAAGUCCACAUAUUGAGUUGAUUAAUUCUUUUUGUGUAAAUAAUCAAUGAAAUUACUGCAGCAGCUUGACACUUUCAAUUUCACUGAAAAUAACAAAUAAAAGUUAUAACCGCACAAUAGAUUUGAGUACUGUUGUUUUCUGUGAAUGAAUAUCUUCAUAAUUAUACAUAACAGUUACAUAGUAUAUUGUUAAAGAGUGUUUAAAUAAAUUAUUUUGUACAUAAAGAAUAAAAAUAUUUUUUAAAUAAA